AUCAUUGUGCCGCCAUGUUGGUUUGUCUUGGCGCUUUUUCGCGAGUAAUGUAAUGGCUGUAUAAAUCUUAAGUAUUUUAUAGUGUGAUAAUAAAUAAAAAAGACGAUUGUGCAGUGGACACUAUUUUAAUUGCAAAAUGGAUCCUUCUAAAAUGAAGGUUGUGGAUCUAAGAUCCGAACUUGGUGCUCUUGGUUUGGACACGAAGGGUAAUAAGGCGGCAUUAGUAGACCGUUUGAAGAAGGCUCUAGAAGCUAAAACUGGCAGAGUGUUCGCGGAGACAUCGAUCCUUGAUACAACCACGGAGGAUGUAGAUGAACCGGCGACCCCGCGGAAAUUGGGACCGGCAGCGCGGACUACACGGAGAUCUUCCUCAUCACGGCUAGUUGCUACACCUGCCAAGGUAGGUUUUAAGAUUUGGUUUGUUGUAUUAUUUGUUUUUUCAUUAUUACCUACAUAACAAAAGUCUGUUUAAUAAACGUAAAAGCUUUAAAAUACUGUUAAUCAAAUAUUAAAAUAAGAAAAUGUCUUUUUUUUUUUUCCGUUUCCGGCGGCUAAUUAGUCAACACGCACGUCACUUGUCUCUGUCGAAAUUUAUCGAAAAUUAGUGUUAAAUAGUAUCAAAUCAGUGCUGAGGAACUAAAUAACAUCAAAAUAAACAUUAACAAUCACAUAUGAAGUGCAUUCGCAGUGCUAGUGAAAAAACAUUGCCAAGAAAAUCAUAAAAACUAUACGACAAUUUAACCUAAAAAUUAUAGAAGCUAGUAUCAUAGACUAGAGAUACUGUGUACAGCCAGUGUCAAGUACCAACCUCACGACAGUGAUAGUGACAUAUACAGGGUUGCCACUAAUUUGAAGGAAAAUUUCCUAAACUAAUUACGAGUUACCACAACAUAAACAGAACUACCCCAUCUGAAAAAUUUUACAGAUCAUAAAUCAAAUGGACAAAAACAUGGAAUUACUUCUCCUCAAACUUGACGAGAAAUUAGAGAAACAAGCUGAAAAAAUAACUCAAUCGGUAACUAAAAAUGUCAUGGAAGCGCUAGAUGAGAAGAUGAAAACAAUUAUUGAGGAAAACAAUUUCCUUAAAAAUAAGGUAUCAGAACUGGAACAAAAACUGAUAGCAGUAGAUAAAGAAAAACGUAAAAACAACCUUGUGUUCUUCGGAAUCGAAGAGAAGGGAAAAUCUGAAGGGGAACUAGUUGACUACAUUAAGGACCUCAUAGUAGACAUGGGAGUUCACAUGGAUAGUCACGAAAUUAGCAAUGUGUAUAGAAUCGGAAAACAAAAAUUGUCCAGUCAUAGCAUCUAUCACAACCCAAUGGAAAAAACACCUUAUACUCAAAAAUAAGACAAACCUCCCUUCAGGUAUUAAUGUAAAAGAAGAUUACUCUAAGGAAAUCCUGGAAAAACGAAAACAGCUACAACCGCAACUUGAAGAAGAGAAAAAGAAGGGACACAUCACAAUAGAGAGAAGAGGAAACGAGAAACUUCAGAUUCUCCUAAGUCAUCAGCUCAGAAGAAAGUAAAUAUAAACCAAUCCUUGAGAAAUCCUUCACAAUCGCUAUCCAAAACUAGCAAUAAAGAGGUCAUGAGACCUAGCACACUUAACUAUGUCAACCGAGCAAGUUUUGAUCCACAAAUAAACGCUUCAAAAAACUAAUAACCGCCUCAGAAAAUCGAAAACAAACAAUAGCAAUAAGAACUAAAAUUAACAACCAAAACAAAAUAACAAAUAAUCUCCCACAACGGCUGGUCCCCGCGGGAGUUAUAGACCACCACCCUCUAACAAAAAGAAGAAACAAAAUACUCAACAUUGCAACCUUAAAUACCAGAACCCUUUGAACUGAAGAAAGCCUAAAUGAACUAGAAAAAGCCCUUGAAGACAUUAAAUGGGAUAUCCUGGCAUUUAGUGAGAUGCGAAGAUUAGGAGAAAAGAUUGAGGAACACACUGACUACAUACUAUUCCAUAAAGGUGAAGUAGCUGGUCAGAGAGGAGUAGGAUUCUUAAUCAAACAGUCAAUGAAACAACACAUACAAGAGCUAAUUGGAAUUUCUGAUCGAAUAGCCAUUCUUAACAUCGGCAUACCAGGUUAUAAAAAUAUAUGGUCAAUCAUAUAAAGACCAAUGGCAGACUUUCAUAAAUAAAAUUAGUUGAGAAUGAAUGGUAGUAUCUAUAUAUCAAAAAUAUCUUAAAAUGUUAAGCGUCACUCCCUUAAUAACUCUGUCAAAGAAUUUUGUCCUGAGAAGGCAUCAAAAAAAAGAUAUUUAGAUUUGAACCUUUUUAGGUUAUGUCUUAUGUCACUUGGAAAAAGUCAUGCGUCCUGUGGUUGUUUGAUGUUAGCUUAAUACAUUCUCAACAUAAUGUGCCCUAACUACAUAAUUGAGAGUUUUUAGAUUAUUGUAUCUCUAUUAUAUAUUUGCAUACUACAAAUGUAUAUUUCUGGCAUGGCUCCAGGGCCUUUGUGUCAUACACUGACAGUCUCAGAAGGGCUAGAACCUAGAGCCGUAAAGCCAGUAAAAAAAACAGUGACAUUUUGAUUUAGCUAGUGUUGCCAUAGCAUUAAAUGGAAUUGUUACAUAUUACUAUGAUUGAGAAAAUGUAUUAUUGUAGGAAGUUCUUUGUAAGAGACUUCUUUUCAACCAUAUCACUUUUAUUAUUAUUAUUAUUACUGAUUGUAGUAUAGUUAUUACUAAUAAUAACUUAAUAUAAAAAUAUUUUGUGUUUGUGUGUUGUGUUGGUAGUCUUACAAAGUGUAUACGAAAAUAGUAUGAAUAUUACUAUAAGGACAACACUGGAAUAGAGUAAAAUGAUUUAAGUCAUUUGAUAUUCCCAAAAAUGUGCUUUUUUCUGUGGUAUUUAAUUACAAUACAUUUUUAUUUGAAAAAUCAUAGAAAAAUAAUAAAACUCAUUUUAUAUAUAACUUAUUUCUAGACACAAUAAUUUUUGUCAACUAUUUUUCUGCCAUUGCCCUUUAUGCUCCAACAGAGCAAGCAACAAAAGCAGAAAUUAAACUUUUCUAAAAAGAAUUAUCACAAACGCUAACAAGAUAUUCAAAUAACCAUGUUAUUAUAAUGGGCGACUUCAAUGCUCAAGUUGGAGUGAAACAAUGCAAGGAGGAAUACGUCCUGGGGAACUUUGGCCAAGGAAAGAAGAAGUCCCCAUGGUGAAUUGCUCGUCGAAUUCUUGCUGCAACACAACCUAACACUCUUGAACAGUUUUUACAAGAAAAACCAAAAGAACAAGUGGACAUGGAUAUCCCCCGAUGGCAACACCAGAAACGAAAUUGAGUAAAAAAAUCAGAGAAAACGUAAGAAAAGACAGGAAGACCAAGAGGCUGCAAACAUUAAAAAAGCAUGUAGUGAAAACAGGAGGAGUGAGAAAAGCGCUUAAAGAACUUAGAGAAUCAAAUAAAGAAUGGAUACCAAAACUAAACAAAAAGGAGAAUACCUCAUCCAAUAC